CAGAAGCUAGUUAGAGCAUCACCCUAGGACUAGUCUUAUAGGUAAGAUACAUCCCAUCAUGAAAAUGAUGAACACUCAAGUUUUCAUGCUCUCAUUCUUCAUCAUUGGUUCAUAUCUUUUGGUUCAAACCCAUGCAGACCCUUACGAUACUCCACCUUCUAGGGUAGCAGGGAAAGUGUUCCCACCAGCAGAAUUCUACUGCACUACUCCAAAGGAAACAUGCACUGGCAAACAAAUUAAAUGCCCAAACGAAUGCCCUUCUUUCAAACCUGCUAACCCUAAUGCUAAAUCUUGCUUCAUUGAUUGCAAUUCUCCAAAGUGUGAAGCUUCCUGCAAGAAGGAGAAACCAAACUGUAGCGGAAAAGGAUCAGCUUGUGGAGACCCAAGAUUCGUCGGAGGAGAUGGUGUUGUGUUCUACUUCCAUGGAAAAGCCAACCAACAUUUCACUUUAGUCUCAGACUCAAACUUCCAAAUCAACUCUAGAUUCAUCGGUCGCAGACCUGAAGGCCGAAGCCGUGACAACACAUGGAUUCAAUCUUUGGGUCUUCUAUUUUCUUCCAACUCUUUCACUUUUGCUGCUAAGAAAGUUGCAAACUGGGAAGACAAUGUCGAUCAACUUGUUUUCACAUACAACAACCAACCAAUCACCAUUAGCGAAGGUCACCGUUCAUCUUGGUCUGCACCAGACAGUCCUUUAGUAGUCGAAAGAACAGCCGAUACUAACAGCAUCACUGUUACAUUACCCGGCGUUGUUGAAAUCUCAGCUAGCGUUGUUCCUAUUACCGAACAAGAUGACAGAGUCCAUAACUAUCAAAUUCCUUAUGGUGAAGACUGUUUUGCUCAUUUGGAAGUACAGUUUAGGUUCUUCGAUUUGUCCGAAAGAGUUGAAGGUGUUCUAGGACAAACUUACCGAUCUGAAUUCCAAAGUCCAGUUAAGAUUGGUGUUGCUAUGCCUAUCAUGGGUGGUGAAGCUAAAUACAUCACUUCAUCUCUAGUUUCUGCUGAUUGUAACAAUUGUAUUUUCUCACCUUCAUCAUCCAUCAUGGCGACAGAGAAUCUAGCAGGUUUGGGUUCGACCUUGGACUGUACCAGCAAGAUGAGCAAUGGACGUGGAGUUGUCUGCCGUCGCUAGAUCUCUCCAUAUCGAACCGAGUGAUUAUUAGUACCCAUUGCUGCGUAAAUUAUUAUUAAUAAUUAGUUAAAGAGGAUUAUGAUAUGUAUUAGGAUAUUAAUCAGAGCUUUUGGAUUUAACUAGUGCUGGCUCUGAUUCGGAUUAUAAUGUAGCAACUUUUGGUUAUUUAAUUUCUACUAGUACAUCUUUUUUCUUU